GCCAAGUCGUGAACGAAAAGAUACAAAAGCUUUGCAAAUGAAAGAAAUGCUCGUUUCGUGGGCAUUCUGUAAGUGAAUUAACCAGUGUAUUUAAUCUAAUUGAGGUAACAUCAUUAAACAACUAGGAGGUGGGGGAAAGAUGUGAAACUAUGAAAGUCGGCUGAGAAGAGGAAUUGUCUUUAUCGCAGUAAAAAAUAAUUAUGUAUGGAGAGGGAGAAUUGAAGACAGUGUCGGAAGGUUGGGUGAAAACUGUGGAUAUCAGUACUACCGACAAUCCUAAUAUCACCUGGACAAUGGAGGACGACGAUCAUUUUUGCAAGCUUGUUUUGUACAAAGAAAUUCAGGACUCAAGAGUCCGAAUAUGGGAUGUAGUGAUACUGGUGCCCAAUUUAUUAUUUCUACUCUUCAUAAUCGUAAGAUUCAAUCGAGCCAGGCUUAAACUCAGAGCCACCAGUAGUCCCAUAUUUUUAGCAUUUUAUGGACUUGUAAUAUGUAAUGUAGUGAUAUCGGUGGUAAGGUGCAUUGUUGCAAUGACGGUAAACGCAGCAGCGAGUGUGGGUGGUAAAGCAGAUAAAGUGCUUUGGGUCACAGUGAGAUUUUUUCUUCUCUCAACGGAAAUGAGUGUUGUCAUAUUUGGCUUAGCCUUUGGACACCUCGAUAGUCAAUCAAGUAUAAGAAGGGUCCUUGUGGCAACUUCGCUCAUAGCUCUUGUAUUUACAAUAACUCAAGGAACGUUGGAGUUGAUAUUACCAGAUGACACAUUCCACAUUCCUAGCAGGGACUUUUAUGUUUUUGGUCACGGAGGAAUGAUGUUUUGGUUUUGCAGCAGUCUCGUUUUUACAGUGAUAUACAUCUUUAUAUUAAUACUUCCAAGAACAAGAUUGCGAGACAGACUAACUCUCCCGACAAAAAAAAGUUUCUACAUUUAUGCCGGUGCUCUGGCAAGCCUGAAUCUUGUACAAUCAAUCGGCGCUGGCCUUCUCAAUUAUACACAAAAUCCUGCAGGAUUGUGCGUCGUUGAUCUUACCGCAGCUAUUUAUUUGACCCUGUUUACGCCACUGGUUUAUCAUACAUUCUUAUCGGAAUUUUUUGGAAUCUCACAGCCGUCGAUACAAUUUUCGUACAAGGCUCAGGUGGACGACGGGAUGGAUGAAGACACGGUGUCGCUGCCUCAUCAGCAGAGUUUUUCAUCGUUGAGAACGGACAGCGAUUACAUUUAUCAGAAUCACAGUGUCUAUGACUCAACACAAUUCGACACCAAUGCAACACCGGUCAACCCGCUUUACGCGGCUUCUCUACAGAGCCCAGAUAGCAUUACUGGUUACAGUAUAGACAGUCAAGAUGCACACACCCAGGCCAAUGGCUAUCAGCAAUAAGCGAUUCCUUGAACAUUCGUUCCAGUUUCGUUUUCCUACAUUUUUUCUUCAUUUUUUUAUUUUCUUCGAUCAUGAGUUUCGUUUGCUCAGGAAACUCAGUAUUACGAUAAUCGAAGAAACAAAGAGUGAAAACGAUUUUUUUCGUUUUUAAGGACGAGUGAGAACAAAAUUAAACAGAGCUUUACGAUACUCGCGAACAGCGGGUUACGAGCAUACAUUUUAUGUCAAUGUAUAAGUGCAUUUGUAUAUAUUUAGAGAACCGAAGAUUUGCGGAAUAUCACUUUUUUUAAAAGUACUUCCCAGUCCAUUAAUGAAAAAACAAAAAAAAAAGACACAAAUAUUCAAAGUGUUUAACACUAUCAUGACCUUCGUUCCAACGUUUGGUCAACGUCGGACAUAAGAUCGAAGUUGGAUCGUUACACAAAUUUACAAUGUCGCAGGUUCGAUUCGGUACACGACAGUUCGAACAAAAAAAAAAAACAAUUUUUCAGUCUCUAAACUGCCAGUACACAACUGAACAAACCUCGAAAAUACUCUUCGAGAUAAAUUUCGUACAGAAAGUGUCCCGAUGUAAUAUUUUGUAUCAAAUAUAUUUCGAAAUGUGCGUUGCGCGAAAAAAUUGUUGGUAUAAAACAUUCCCUAAUGACAACCGUUUUCUUUGGUUUUCAGUAUUUUUCACUAUUCCGAACGCAGAUAUUUUACUUGAGUUUCUUGAGUUCUUGAGUUCGACCUCUCUAUGACUCAUCAAGUUUUCAACUACUUUAUGUUGAUUAAUUUCAAGUCUAAAUUAUUAAUAAAAUUAAUAAACACUUGCAUUGAGAAUAUUUUUAUCACAAGAAUGUAAUAAAAUGCUUUAAAAAUAUCAUAAAAGAUAAAAUUUAUUCUUCAACUUGACUAGUUAAUGAUUGAGUCCGACACUUCAAAUACACAUGACCUAGUGAACAUUUUUACUGUGCGAAAGAAAGUUUACAUCGGCGUAAUGGCACCGAAAAAAAGGAAUGGUCAAUGCAUUCAAAAAAAGGCGAAGCUACUAGACGAAUGAAAACACGUGAAUCCGUCUCAAAAAUAAAUUUGAUGAAAUGCCCGUGAUUCCCGAAUUUUCUCGAAGUUCAAUCAGCUGUUACCAGUAGUCCAACGUAAUGACUGACAUCCGCUUUCGACACGUCAAAAACUAAAUUUUUUUAAUGUUUUCUUUCUUAAAAGCUCCGUGAGGUAAUGUUUUUUUUUUUAAAGAAACGGAAUCUGUGAUAAAUUUUCUUGACGAUGUAAACUUUUCCAAAACUCGAACACUGUACAAUUUUUUCACAAUUAAUAUUAUUGUGAGUUCUCCCAUAGGGUACCACCGUGUUAAAAACUCAAAAUUGUAAAUGAAAUAAUUGAAAAUUUCGCCUCCUAAAAAAAGUAAAGAGAUCACCGUACUUUAUCGAACGGCCGAGCUACUGUAACUUUUGAAGUUUCGCACGAAACUUUGAUUUCCAUUUUCAGUUUGAAUCAUUGGAAAGCAGGGAAUCGAACUGUCCCUUUAAGGCAAUGAUACGAAAUAUUUUUGAGUGGACAAAGUUGUUUUAUUGCGGCUGUUUGAAUUGCAAAAAUGAAUUUCCGUUUUACUCCUCGUCAGUGCGCAUUUUGGCACUUGAGUGAAAAAUAAUCAAGAAAUUUUGGUUACUCGAUGCGAUGCAAACUUCAAGACCAAUUUCAUGAAUAAUUUUUUUCGUUUUUUGAGAGAAAAUACUCAUAUAUUGGCUAAUCGAUUACUGUCGAAGUGAAUCGGAAUGAAAAUAUGAAAACCUGAAACUCCAUCAAAAUUUAUAAUCAUAAUAUGAAUUGGGAGCAUUACUUAAUUCAAGCAACGCACUUUUCGCAUAAUAUUUUCAUGAAAAUAUUAUUGUAAGAUCGAUAUUAUCAAUACAUAAUUCAUGAUUGAGAGAGAUCAUUGGCAUUCGAUAAGGUGUUUCAUCGAACGAUUUCUAGUCGCUGCUACGCUGUGACUGUAAUUCCACUACAUUACGUAACGCGUCGCAGGUUGGAUAUUACAACUCGUGAGAACGUUUCAUAUUUAUUAUUACAAAAGUACGAAUGGAAAGAGAAAAAAGCGGUCUGUUGAGUCGAUAAACGCGACUGGGUAUGUGAGAAUCGAUGUAAUAAACAUAAAAAUAAAAUCGAUGAACGAUAACGCGGUUCGAACGCGGCUCAGGUAACUCGUAAGUUUCUUUCUUGUAAUAAAUUCAAGUGCUGAGAGUUUUCAUUAUUAUUGUUUUACUACAUUCGUUUUGUAUAUUUUAAUAGAAAUUACGAACACGAAACUUACGACGAUAUCUCCGUAUCGUAAUGGCACUUCGCGUGACAUUUUCAUUUUCAAUGCCUGACUUCUCUUGAUUCGUGCAAUUUUUUCAAUGUUUUUCUGAGCAAGAAAAAUCGCAACUCCAAUCUGUAAAAAAUUGUUCACUUUUUCGUGCGAGAGAAAUUUAAUUUUCUUCCAAGAUUUACGUAAAUGGAGUUUUUCAGCAUUUUUAAGAUUUUUAUAUAUGAAAACAAUUGAAAUGUGUAAAUACUUGACCCAAUUAUCGAAGAAAAACAGAAAUUAGAGUUUGAGGAGAGUAACAACAUUCUCCUCGUUCCCUAGUUAUUCAACUUUGUAUCGGUGUAUCUUUGAAAUCAAGAGGCCAAAAUCUUUAAUUUUAGUCGAAGUGCAUCGUUGUUCUCUGAAAUUGUGAUCUCUAUGAAAAAAACAUGUGCACGAAGAUCCCAAAAGGGCGAUUACGAGAAGCGUAAAUUUUGAGAUUUUUCUCCACAAGAAAGCUGCAGAAUUUUUUAUAGGAAAUGUCGCGAAUGCGGAUCUCAGAAUUUUCAAGUACUUACACAAUGGAGAUUAUUUAAAAAUGAUUUUUUCAAUACUCAAAAUUUUCGAGUGAACAGAAUUUAAAAAUUUGUCCAAAUCAAAGGAGGUCAGAGUUACGAAAUGAAAAUAGUGAAGUGCCUCAUAAAAUAAUUCUUCCGUCCUUCGAGAGACUACCACACGUCGAUUAGUAUUAAGGUUCGAAAAAUAAAACGGAAGAAGAAUUUCCUAGACGAAAGUUUUUGCACCGUUCGAAGUAUUGGCUGAAGCAUCGAAAAAAGAAAAGAAAAAAAUCGACGAUAGAUCACUGAACUGUCCAUCAUUUUUCAUCCCUCGUUAUUUUCCUACUUUUCCAUGGAAUAAAUCACAAAGCAAGAGGAAAUAAAUGCUCGCUUCGUUAUCGAGGUCGAUGGCAGAAUAUGCAAGAAUUAAAAGUGAUGAAAAAUUCCAAGUUUUUCAAAAACUCGAUUAAUCUUACCGAAAGCUAUGACAAAUUGGAAAUGUGAAACAAACUUUACGGAGGAGCAGAAGGACGGCAAAGGAGAAUAGAAGAAGCAGAGUAAAAAAUAUUCAACUCCAUCCACCGUGUACAUAAUACAGUAACGAGAUGAUGUACAGUCACGUUAAUUAAUAUUUAUCCAUUAAUUAUGUAUCGAAACACUCUGUAAGUUUGAAAUAAUGUGAAUUGAAAAGAAAAGAGAAAACAAUAGGACAGCGAUACACUGUGGGAAAAUAGUAGGCAUUUCAUUCCGGAGAAUAAAAUUGAAAAAAAAGCUCACCAAAGAAGAAGAAUCGAAAGAAACUUAUCUUACAACAAACGUCUCUUGAGAAUACAUUGUCACGUAAUUAAAAUUAAUCGUUUGGCGACAAGAAGGCAAAAAUGGAAUAGCAAUUGCUUGAGAAAUCCAUGACUUUUUUCGUACUGCUAUUGACUUAAUGAGCAAACGAAAACAUUCAAAAAUUGAAAUGAGAGGUGGUGCAACAACUUGUGCUGUUGGAGUAUUUUCGAAAUUUUCGUGUUGAUAGAAUUUUUUUUUUUUUUUUUUUUUUUUUAUGAAAACUCCUCGGGUAUUCAAAACUCAUUGAGUUUUCGUUCGUCGUUAUGAAAAAUUAUACUUUCCUUGGAGCAUUAGAAUAUAUGGAGCACUGUAUGGAAAUAUUACGAGUAUUGCAAGUUUUUGAAUGCUGAAGACACUCGGCAUUAUACUAGUUGUUGCCUCACCUUGCAUCGCGUUUAUUGGAGUGUAAAAAAAAACAUGUUUUCGUCCAUAGAAAGAAGUAUAAGUUAAUUCGUUUGAAAAUUGAACAAAUCAGAUUUUUGAGGAAAAUGGAGAGUUUUUUAAAAAAUAUCAACAACUCGUUUUUUAACUUAAAAAAAAUCGUAUUGCUCUCAAAGGGACACUUUAUAUGUACCAAUGUCUAUGGGGCUACUGCUACUUCGUCAAAUUUGUGAUAAAGCGUGAAAGUGGAGCCGAUUUACUGAAAAAUAUUCAAGCCCCACUUCUCGAAUGCCCAUUUUUCAUGUAUUUCCGCUGCUUCUUUCGUGGCUGUGUUUUCUGCAAAUUUUUUUGUCGAAUUUGCCCCUCCAGUCGUGCAUUUUCCUGGUUUUUGUUUCAAGCGCAAUUGUGAGUUUGUUCUCAAACGAUGUGCAAUCCAUUGGAGAGAAUAAAAACUUUGAAAAUCAUCGACGAUGAGAUAAAAUUGACCAAUUUGAGCCAAAGAAAUGUCGUUUUAAAAAAAGCAAUGAAAAUAAAUGUCAGUUCAAAGUGUCCCCCAGCGAACGUUGCCAAGAUCUACAAAAUUGAUUGUUUUUUAUCCAUUCAAUUCGUGGGAAAAAGCGAAAAGAUUGAAUGAGGAGAAUCAAAAAAUGGAGUACCAUUUUUUCCGUGUAUUAUUUGGCUCCGCAACCGCGACUGAAAAGUUCGUCGAAGUGACAAUGAGUCUGCAUUCGUAAUAGCGCAUCGUCUUGGAUAUAAACUUCCGAAAAGAACGUUGUAAAUACGUAAGUUUUCAUAUAAAAGGAAAGAAAACAAUUUUUCGUAUACGAUAUCGAAUCUCAUUGUCAGUGUAUCGAAAAAUCGAGCGAAGAAAACUAAAGCAUUUGUCAUCGACGUCUUAUUUGAAAUAUUUUACACAAGCGUAACGGGGAGAAGCGGCGUCGUUGAAACGCGAAUUUUGUAAUUUAUAAAUAAAUAUUUAAAUAUUGCCAGUGUCAAUAGCAAUAAUGUGAGAAACACUAACGAAUAUGAUAACGCGAUAUGCAACUGUCGAGUUUCGAUAGUGAAAAGCGAAAAUAAAACGUAAAGGGAUAAACGAAA